AUGAGAUGUCCCGGAGAGCAAGACCCGAAGAAAUGGGGCUUCAAAGUCGAUACUCCUCGCCAGCUUCACACACCUAAUGUUGCGACAAGACAUGCUUGCUCUUUGGGUUCACAUGGGAAAGUCAUGCACCCGCGAAGCCGAGACGGAAGACAUUGGCAUCGGAUGAGAAGAGAGAACAAGUAUUAUGAUAACAGAAACAUCGGUGAUGACUGCAACACCCACCCUAGGAGAAAUAGGAGGCGAACCCUGCUUUUUGACGAAUUCGAAACCUUCCCUCGUGGACCUCCUUAUCCUGCAGAUACACCUGUACGAUCUACAAGAGAUAGAGACCAACACGAGCGGAGAUGGGACAGGAGGAGAUGGGAUGGCAGCGAAGACAUGGCUAUGAUGCAUGGUGCGGUAGUGGAUGAUGCCGGCGUGGGCGAUUACAGACGAAGGCGAGCACGGAGCUGGGAGAGGAGGUCGGAUCCAGAUGACCGAGUAGGGGAGAUUGACGACCACACCGAGGACUCAUAUGGGGUCGGGGAGAGGAUGAUUGUUUCGCGGAGGGAGGAUGAGGGAAGGAGGGCUGCGAGGUUCGGAAGAAUUUAA